AAUCCCAUUUUCUGUGGUGGCGGCGUGACCCUCGCGAUAAGGCCGGACGGCGCCGAGGUGCCGCCGUCGGACACCCCCGCUCGGGGCCGACGUGCGCCGGUCCACACCCCAUCCGGCUCGGAGAUUGCGGCUGUCCGACAUCCCCGAGCGCCGCCGUCCGACACCACCGCGCGCCACCGCCGUUCGCCGUCCAGAUCGACGUUCUUCGACCCCGCCACCCGAGUCCUGCGUCGACGGUCCGGCCUUCCGGCCCGGAGAUUGCGGCCGUCCGACAUCCCCGAGCGCCGCCGUCCGACACCACCGCGCGCCACCGCCGUUCGCCGUCCAGAUCGACGUUUUUCGACCCCGCCACCAGAGUCCUGCCUCGACGUUCUUCGACCCCGCUAUCCGAGUCCUGCCCUCGCCAUCCCUCCAGCGGUUCCUGCUGCCGCCACCUGCCGACGCGCCCGCACGCCGCAUAAUUUUAGGCUUCGCCGCCACCUGCCGAGACAAUCGCCCGCCGGAUAAUUAGAGAACAGGUUUGGAGGAUGGAUGGUCAUACUGCUAGCUUGGAGGAGAUAGAAGAAUAUCACAUGAUGGUUAGUCAGAUGUUUGCAAGCGAGAAGCAAGGUUACGAGCACUACAACAGAUAUGCAAGAGCAAAAGGUUUUAGUGUCAGAUUGGAUGACAAGGAGUACGUGAAGGGCACCAGAGAGGUGAAAGCAAGACGUUUCUGCUGCUCUAAAGAAGGGCACCGAUUGGAGAAGUACUUUCAAGCGACUGACCAAAAAAGGGAGCCACGGGCGCUAACCCGUUGUGGUUGCAAAGCUAUGCUUGAGAUCCAACAUGAUGCAGGCAGGGGUCAGUGGUUUGUUAAGAAGUUUGUUGAUGUCCAUAACCACCCGCUAGCCGACCCAGACCAAUCUGCUUUUCUAUGGUCUCACCGUAGGAUGAACGAUGCUCACAAGGCUGAUGCAGUGGAAUACGGACUUGGUGGUCUCCGUACGUUCCAAAUCAUGAAUGUGGCGGAGAAACAGCAUGGUGGUUAUCCUCAUGUUGGGUAUAUUUCCCGAGACCUGUACAAUUUCUUCGCCAGGUACAAGAAAAAAAGAAUCUUAGGCAGGGAUGCUGACUUUGUGCUGAACCAUAUGAGAGUACAGGAAGAACGAGAUGCUGAGUUUUUCUUCAAAUACACCACGGAUGAUGAAGGACAUCUUCGAAAUUUAUUCUGGGCAGAUUCACAGUCUCAGAUUGAUUAUGAUGCAUUCGGAGAUGUAGUUGUGUUUGACAGCACUUAUCGGGUCAACCGCUACAAUCUCCCUUUUGUUGCAUUUGUUGGACUGAACCAUCAUCGUAGUAUUGUUGUUUUCGGGAUUGGUGUUGUUUCAGAUGAGACCCACAAGUCAUACGAGUGGCUACUUCAGACCUUUGUAGAGGCGACGGGUCAUAAGGAGCCCAUAUCUGUUAUCACAGAUGGAGACUCGGCAAUGAGAAAAGCAAUUAGGAAGAUUUUGCCAAGGACAGACCAUCGGCUAUGCAGUUGGCACAUUGAGCAGAACAUAAUACGCCACCUGCAUAAUCCAAUGCUUGAUGACUUCAGAAAACUCAUAUACUGUCGAAUGGGAGUUUACCAGUUUGAGAAAUCAUGGGCUGAGUUCAAAGCGAACUAUGAGAUCGAAGAGGAGAACGAAUGGAUGUCCAGAAUGUACAAACUUAGGAAAAAGUGGGCCACAUAAUUGAGUUUUACUUUCUUUACUAUCAUGUACUAACUAUUCAUCUCAUAUUAUUCAAAACAGAUUAUUGAGAACCUCAUGAGUGACGUGGAGUACGUUCUACACAGACCUAUCUAUGCUAGCAAUGAAGGCCGAACGUUGCAACAAAUUCAUAGAACUGUGCAAGUAAUAGAUAAUAAAGUCAUUGAGAAAGAAUACACGGACGAAUACAAGUACUUCAAGCCACUUGUUGACGGUCUAACUGACGUUGAACACAAUACAAGCCUGACCAACAGAACCCUGCUUCGUGUUGUCAAGUGUUUGGAGGCUAAUAAGUUUGUUCUCCCCGAUAUAUCAGAUGAAGAAAUUGAGCCUUUUUGUAAGAAGGUCGACAAGUGCACAUGGCACAAGGGACAACAAAAAAGACAUGAGGAAGGACAAUCUGAACAUGAUGAAGACGAAGGAGAAUCUGAACAUGAUGAAGAGCAAAGAGAAUCUCGUGAACAUGACAGCGAGGCACCUGCCAAGCGGCAGCAAGAGCUUUCAGGCACUAAUCUAGGUGAUGAGGAUGAUACAAACAGUAAAGCCAACGGGACGGUGCGUCGGUCAAACAGGAAAUCAAAGACCAAUAAAGAAGACGAGUAUUCAUACUAUGAGCACGAAAAGAGGCAACUUCGUGGUCUAAAAGAAACACUACAAUGGGUAAACAGACAAGAUGAUAAAACGCCUUUGGCCCAAAUUGCUGAAAUAACACUAAAGAAAUCAUCCCUGCAUUCCCUAACAGCCAAUAAGUUGCCGGACAACAAUGCCAGAUAUGUGAAUUCCUUGGCCAUUGAUGCUGGCAUAUAUAUCAAUUGCCCACCAGAGGGAGAGUUUGACAUAAGAGAUGGCAAAAAAAUCUUUGUCGAGAGCACAAUUAAUGUGCAAAAGCUCGUUGCAGAUAUAGAACCGUAUAGCGAGGAGUUCAAAAAUUGACAAGGCUCGUUCGAUCGAAAGGAUCAUUGCGUAUCUUGAUCAUGACAUGAUUUUUUUACCCUUGAACUCUGGACUACACUGGUAUCUGGCAGCCCUAGAUGCGGCAGAAAGAGAAGUUCAGAUUCUCAAUUCAGCCCCUGGUGUUGGUCCAACAGAUGAACUGGAUCAUGCGUUGGAAGCGAUAACGGCGUGGUUCCAGGAGGCUGAAGAAAGAAUUAAACAACUUCCAAACCCAACAAACUGGCCAGACGGAACAAGAAGACAAUCAAAGGGCUGCCAACCCAGAAAGACGGGAGCUCUUGUGGACUCUACCUUCUCAAGUACAUAAUGCUUUGGACGGGAUCCAAACUAUCCAAAACAUUUUCAAAGAAAGAUAUAGAUAUGUAUAGGAGACAACUUGCACAUGACAUACUCAACAGUGACAGAAAUUCACUCCGGAAAAACCAGCAGCCAGACCAGACAAAGGCAAUUUCUGAGAUGGAGUUUCUACCAAAAAAAGAAAGAGGUCCAGGACGAGCACCAGGAAUAUAUCUACACAGUAGAUAUGGCUUUCGCAUAGACAUUCGUCUUAAAUCAAACGUUUUCCCAUUUCCUCAAUAAUUCGGUUUGUAAGCAACAAUUUGAUGUUAUUUAUCCGGCACUUGGUGUGCGACAAUUUGCUCAAUAAUUCAGUUUGUAAGCAACAAUUUGAUGUUAUUUAUCCGGCACUUGAUGUGCGAUAAUUUGCUCAAUAAUUCAGUUUGUAAUGGAGAAAA